AUGUCGGAGGCGGUGAACAAAGACGCAGAUUUCCACUCGAGUUCUGCGCUUCAGAACGUCUUUGGGUCGCGAGUUUCGCUGGCGGAGCUCAACGGAGACAUUACGUCAAGAAUGAACUCCAGAGCACCAUCGCCGAAGCCGGAAUCGUGGUCGGCCCAUAGACGCACCCACAGAGCAAAAACCCGGUCCAUGAGCAUGUCGCGGCCAGGCAGCCACCACUUCCCACACCCAGGCUCGCUCUCUUUUGUACAGAUUCUUAGUCGAGCAGUGGUGCUUUUUGCCCUCGGUGCUGCUUACGGUUGGUAUCACACGACGCAGAUCCCCAUGGCCGUGCCGCUGGCGAUCCCGCUGCAGGUGAAUGGCCGUCUUUUGUCGGUCGCAGGACUCUCGGCGAUUAUAUUGGGGCUUGUGCUGCCCGUGGUGGACUAUAUCAUGCCCGUCGCGUUCCGCUCGCAGUCCAAAGGAGCAAAGGCCGGCAAGGACUGGCUGUCGAUUGUCCGGGCUUUGGGAGCGUUUUUGGGCAUGAUGUAUGCCGUCUCGAAACUGCAGAUUGCCACAAUCUUUUGGUGCCUGGCCAGCCCGUUUCUGUGGUUCGUGCUCGACGGCUCCCCCAACGGCCUGAUCGCCGCAACCGGAACUGCCGUCGGAGGUCCCUUGCUAAUGUAUCUCACCUUCCCAGAAUCGUUCACAGCAAUGCCCGGACGGGAUAUCACCCAGGUCUUGUGGUGGCUGGCUGCAUCGUACUUUAGUGCGUCUAUUUUCUUUGGCAACCUGGGUAGAAGACUAUUCCCACUGCCUAUCGUGGCUGGACCAUGA